CCGCCGGGGGCGGGAUGUGGCGGCCGCAGCCCCGUUCGGGCGGCACCGACAGGCGGCGCCGCGACGGCGGCAGCGGGAGGGAGGAGGCGGCCGGCCCAGAUGGUCUGGAGCACUUAAUGCCUUCAGGCUCUCUUCGUAAAAGGAAACUGGAAAAAAGACCUGGAUAUAUGAGGCCAGAGGCCCAGCGACAGCUCCAAUUUCAGUCCCUGGGUGCCUGCAAGUCCUCCAGUCCCAAGGAGUUCAAACAUGACAAGAGGCACUGUGAAGAGCUGGAGGACUUCUCUCUCUGCAGACAACACAAAAAUAACAUUGAGUUCUUACGCUGUAGUUCAAUUGCAAGUAGUGCUGUAGUUCUUUCUGAUGGGGUAACAAUGUUGGGCACUACUGUAAAUAUGCCAGGAAGUUGCAAAAAUCUUUCAUGUUCCAAGAAUCCAUGGUCAGAAAAUGUAGCAUCGAUUUACCCUGCUGAAACAACAAGCAAAGGUGUUUCUACUGUAAGUGGUACACGGCAGACAAACCACGGAACUGAAGCAAGUGAGCCUUUAAAGAUACAUGCCUUGGAUCAGGCAGAAGUGAAUAAUAACUGUGAAUAUCAAAACAGGGAAGCUGUUUCUUGUUCUGAUGGUCCACGUAGCAGUUUUCGUUCGAGUUUCAGCUUCAUACAGCUCUCUCUGAAUUCAGCCUCCGGAAUAAGUGAUGCUGAACUCAAGGCAAGUGUUCUGCAUCCCAGCAGUACCAGAGAUCUGCAGGAGCCGGGAGAGGCAAAAAAAACUCAGGAGCACUCGGGGGCUUUGUGUUGCUUCUCUAGGCUCAGUGAGGAUUUGAAGUCUGAAAAUGAGAACACAGCAAAUGAUAAAUUUCAGGAUUGUGAGACUGUCUCUCUCUCUGAUACGGAUGCAACAUUGUCAUAUUCUACAGAUUCCUCAGAUGUGGCAUCUGCUGGUUCCUCUUUUACCUCAGGCUAUGAAAGUAGUUUUGCUGUCAGUGACCAAAACUGGGAUACUUUGAUAAAAAGGUAUGAACCAGCACUACUGGACUGCCAGCUUGGCAACUGGAGUACAUUAAAGGUAAAAUCCAUGAUAUUACGGAUUCAGAGGCUCCAGCAGAAAGCAAUAGAAGCAGACGAUUAUGACAGAGCUGAGAAAUUUAGAUGGAAAUUAGAAGAACUGGAGAAAGAAAAACAUUCUUUAAAAUUUCAACUUCCUUCAAGACAUCCUUCAGUUAGCAGUUUUUUGGAUAGGUUUGUCACCCAAGUUCAAGCAGUAUUGUGUCGGGCUGCGGAUGGGCAUAGGAAUGAAGAAACCCAACUUUGGCAUGAAAACAGACAUAAACUGUUGAGAUCCACUUACCAGGAGAGGAUACAGGUUUUGGCCAUGAAACGAAAUGAUCUUUUGCAAGAAAAAAAAUGUUUACAGAAAGAAAUUGAAGACCUCCGAGUGAGACUGUCUGUGUUAGAAGAAAAAGAUCAACAGCUACAAAGAGAAAUUGAAGAACAAGAUCGACUUAUUCAGUCACAGGACUGUGAACUGACUAGUUUACUUGGCUGUGUUUCUUUGAGAGAGCUACAGGAAAUAAGCAAAGCUGUGGAUGACACUUUAGCAUCUUCCUAUCAAAUUCCAUUCAGUUUGGAUCUACCAGGGACAAUAAAGAGCCUUCAGGAAAAAGAGCAAUCGCUCAGCAUGUCCAUUAAAGAAACCACUGCUAAAGUUUGCACGAGUCAGAAACUCUGCAGUAUUUUAAGGAAGAAAGUGAAUGAUAUUGAGACGCAACUACCAGCUCUACUUGAGGCCAAAAUGCUGGCUGUAUCAGGAAGUAAUUUUGGUACUGCUAAGGAUCUGACAGAAGAAAUAAGAUCAUUAACAUCUGAGAAAGAAGAAGUGGAAGGACUUCUCAGUGAGCUUCUAGUUUUGAGUGCCCGAAACAUCAGGAAACUAGAGAGAAUUAAAGAUGAUUACAACAAACUGAAGCAAGAACUUGAACAUGGAGAGACUGCCUUUGCAACCAGCAUAAAGGAAAACACUGAAAAGUACAUGGAGAUGCUGGAAGACAAACUACAUAGUUGCGGGAGCCAGCUGCUUCAGAGAGUGUGGGAAGCUGACUUGGAGGCCUGUCAGCUGUUGCUCCGAGGGUUUCAACUGAAAGAAACCAGUUGCUGUGGCUUUGAGGAAGUGGAGAACCAAAUGGACGAGCUGGAGAUGACUGCUGAUGGCCCUUCUGAUUCUGAAAAGAAGAAAGAAGAUCACUUUCCAAAGGGCACGAAGUGGGACAGUGUUCCCUGUGCCAGGCACAGUAAGCUGAAACAGGUUGUUGAAGACAUUUCAUUUGGAGCAGAGGGUCAUUUAUCUGAGGAGUUCUUCAUAUUUUCUGCAGAGCUGGGGGAGAAAUGUGAAGCAAUAAGUGAGAAACUAGUGCAUCUGGAAGACCAACUGCAAACUUCAGUCUGCAGAGUUGAUGAAGGUAUAAUUCAGUCUCUGCAGAGGGAGAUCCAGGUGGUGAAGGAGACGCUCCAGACCAUGCUGCUGCAACUUCAGCCAGCCAGGGAAGCAGGGGACGAAAAAGCUGGAACUUCCUCUGUGACAGCUGGUGUCCAGGAAAGCAGGACUCGAAGGAAUAAUAAGCAGAAAGAGCUGGUAGGAUGACAUUAAUACACAAAGGGCUGCUUUUAGUAACUGAAUACUCUUUUACCAAGCCUCAGGGAUCUCUUUCCUCCCUGCAUAACUAAUAACUAAAUCAAUUAUGGAGAAACAGAGCCUGGAGGUCUAUCAUCAGAAGUAUUCUACACAGCCUCACACGUUUUGGCACAGAUUGGGAAACAGCUUUCAGAGCAGAGCAUCCCUUGUAAAUGUGUAGAUUACAAAUUGAUACAUUUCAAGUGAGUCUGCAAAGUUGCCUUUAAUGUCAGUGAAAUGUUCUCCUUGAAGACUUGUAAACAGUAUCUGUCUUCCUUACUCACGGAUUUUUUCCCAUUUAAAAAAUGUAGUGUUAAAGCUGGAACAUCUAGUAUUUCUCUAAAAAAUAGCUGUAAGAACAAGAUUUUUUUUUUUUUCCUUUGGCUUUAACAGCUUUCUUACACUGAAUGUAUUUACACAUUCCUGCCAAUAAUUAAAUCAACAGGAUGAAAUUCAAGCUGACAGAGUUCUUUUAAGUGAAAUUUGAAGCUCAUUUACUCAAUGGUAUUGAGUACAGUAGAGGUAACUAACAGCAGCCCCUACAGCAGUAGUUCAACUAUUUUCAUUAGGUAUUAAUAUAAACUUGUUUUAGUAUUACAGGGGUUGUAAAACACACACAGAAUACUUUGUUGGUGAUUUGUGCUCCUUUUAUUUAAGUAUGGUAUGACCAAUAUGUCAUUUAAGUUGCCUUGUAAAGUUUACUAUUACUGUUAUAUUACUUUGAUCUUCCUUAUAAACUCCAGAAGGAAUGCAGGUUUUUUUGUUUUGUUUUUGUUUUGUUUGGUUUGGUUUUUUUUUAUUCCUGUCAGACAUGUAUAUAUACUUAAACAUGUAUUUUUCAUAGGAAAGAAAAGCAAUGUUUCAUUGAAGCCAGCUAACACAAGUGACCUAUAUUUAGGUCACUGCUCAAAACAGUUAAAUCUUUCAAGGAAUUCAUGCUGAACACUUGGAUACCCAAAUGUAUCUGACAGUAUCUGAUAUCACAAAGUUCUACUUCUGCCAUCUAGUGCAGAGGGAGAACUUACAAAUUAUCACUGACCUCUUUUUUUAAGCCAGAUCAAACAAGUGUCUUGCAACUCAUUACUGUACUUUCUGAUACUGUUUGUAUGACAUUUUAAAGAUUACUUUGUUUCUGCUUCUUCAGUUACACAUUUUGUAGCCACAUUGGGAAAGUUUUUGCCAAUUCUGAAGGUCCUUGAACUACUGGCCCACUAUGAUUCUGUUCAUUUUCUUUUGCGUGUUUUAAUACUGAUUGAAACUUCUACCUCAGUGUUAAGGACAUAGGGAAGAAAAAAAGUGCCAGGCAGCUGCCACGUACAACCAGACUAUAAUUGCAUACAGGGGCACAGCUCAGGUGGUUCCUGGAAUCGAUGGAUCCUCAGGAUGGAAUUACAGCCCUGUAAUUCAGAACAUGGUUAACUUUUUCAUUGUAUAAUAUAUGGAUCAGCAUCUGUAGUGUGGUAAAGAUGCUUGGACCUUUACUUUACAUGGACUCCAGUACUGUUUCCACCUCUAGUCUCAGACAGAAGUCUCUGAUGCUCUGCUACUGCUCUAACAGGUCUUUUUCUCCCUGGCAGCUUCCUGCCUCUCUCCUCAUUAUAUAUGGCACUUUCUGAAACCAACAAGCACAUGGCAGCUUGUGUUUCACUGACAUUCAGCUCAUGAAAAGCCCUGGAGAACCCUGACUGGGCACAGGGGACACAA